AUGGUUUCCCCCGCCAUGCUCCGCUUCGCCGCGGGCGCCGCCUUGUUGGCCGGUGUCAACGGCCAGUCGACCACCUCGACCACCGUCGUCGCUCCGACUACGACCGUGACGCCUAGCACCACGGUCACCGUCGCUCAGCCCACGACCACUGUCACCAGCGGCGGAACCACCACCACUCUGACAUCGACCGCCGGCUCUUCCAGCAGCAGCUCGGAUUCCUCUGGCACCUCCAUCGUGACCAGUGUUGGCAGCUCCACCGUCACCGUCAUUGCUCCCACGAGCACCUCGCUGACUACCGACUCCACCCUCAGCAGCGGAGCCAGCACCGUCCCGAGCACCACCGAGACCUCCGUCUCCACCUCCUCCGCCUCGGUCUCCUCCGACCCGGGCAGCGGCACCGCCAUCACCUCGACCACCACCACCGUCCUCACCACCUCGGCCCUCAACACCACCGGUCCCGUCGUCGUCCUCCCCACCUUUUCCAGCUCGACCGUGACCCUCCCCAACAACAGCACCAUCGUCGUCCCUAUUCCGGUCGACCCCACCACCACCACCACCACCGGCCCCAUCGUCACCACCCCUCCCGUCUUCCCCAACGGCACCGCCCCCAUUACCAUUCCUCCCCCGGUGACAACCACUACCUGCAACUACAACGGCACCUGCAACGUCGUCACCCUUCCCCCCUGCGUAACAAUCACCUCCUGCUACAACGGCCUAUGCCGCCCCGUCACGACAAUCACCUACCCCCUCCCGCCCGUCAUCACGGCGCCCACGGUGACAACAAUCACCCGCUGCAAUUACAAUGGUACCUGCUCAACCUGGACUCGCACAAAGUACGUCCCCGCCACGAGCACGAACCCCCUCGUCUACACCGACUGCUCGACCUUGACAUCGACCUAUACCACCUGCAACAAUGCCGUCUGCAGCACCGUCACGACGACGACCACCUCGUCUUUUACUCGGCAGGGAACCCCUACCCCCACUGGCCCCGGCGGUUCGACCCUGGUUACGAAGCCCUCGGUCCCGGCCUCGCCUCCGUCCAACCCUCCUUCCAACCCUCCUUCCAAUCCUCCGUCCAACCCUCCUUCCAAUCCUCCUUCCAACCCUCCUUCCAACCCUCCCUCCAACCCUCCCUCCAACCCUCCCUCGCAGCCCCCGGCGAACCCUCCGGCGAACCCUCCGGCAAACCCCCCGUCGAACCCCACCAACCCACCGGGCAAACCGCCCUCUGGCAACCCUCCGGCCACCACCCCUGCCGUCCCUACUACUGUCAGCGGCACCCGUCCCGUCGCCACGUCUUCCACCGCCGUGGUGACCGCCGGCGAGCCCGCUCUGAUGGCCGUCAAUGCGGUGCCGUUGAUGAGCCUUCUUGGUGCGGUUGCUGUUGGUGCGGUUGUCUUUUUGUAG